CGCAAAAGUCGGGCGCUAAAUUGCUCAGGCAGGAGCUUUAAUGCGCUUUGCAAAAAUAUCAUAUAUUUUUGUUUCGUUUCUCUCGUAGCGCUUUGCGGUUAACGCAAUGCUGUUUGCAAACCGAGAAGUUUAUCCGGCACUGGCGACGGGGUUCGGGCAGAGCGUUUGCUGCUGAAGGAGGGAAUUCCGUGCUCUGAAACGCGAGCGGCAACUUACCUGAGCGCAGGUGUGCAAAAGGGGCGCUCUUUCAUCCCCCACCCCUCCAGACUACAAUGGGCCGCAAAAAGAUACAGAUUAGCCGAAUCUUGGACCAACGAAACCGGCAGGUCACGUUCACCAAGAGAAAGUUCGGGUUGAUGAAAAAGGCCUAUGAACUGAGCGUCCUUUGUGACUGUGAGAUCGCCCUGAUCAUUUUCAACAGCACCAACCGGCUGUUCCAGUAUGCCAGCACAGACAUGGACAAGGUGCUUCUGAAGUAUACGGAGUACAGCGAACCCCACGAGAGCCGAACCAACUCAGAUAUUCUGGAGACCCUGAAACGAAAAGGUUUGGGCUUCGAAGGUGCAGAAAUGGAUCUUGUAGAAGCUUUGGAUCCAGCUGAGAAACUGAGGCAGCUUGAUGAAGGAAUGGACCUUAGAUUAGCCCGGCCAAAACUUAGUUCGGCCACUUCCAUGUCUAGCCUCGAGGGGGCCUCCAUGGGAACUCCCCCAUCCGGAGGUGAGGGUGGGGCAAGCAAUUCAGGCGAAUCUCCUGUUCAACAGAGCCGUCUGCAGCAGUUCAAGCCAACUCUUCCCAAGCCAGCCUUCCCUUCGGUGCGAUCCCCAGCAACUCUUGGACCAGGUAUCGGGUACUCGAUCUUCUCCCAUAGCAACCUCAGCCGAGUGUUGUCGAGCAAAACGCCUCCUCCCUUCUACCUGGGGGCCGACUCCCGUCGGGUGGAAGGACAGCUAUCUGCAAGCAGGAACAAUCUAGCAUCCACUCGCCCGUUGUAUCCUGGGCUUCAGAACCUGAGUCCCGUAUUGCCCACCGGAAGUCUCCCAGGACGUGGGCUGCCAGGAUACCCCUUCCUCUCCUCCACUCCAUCAGAAUAUACUUUGGGGGAAAGCUCCCCACACCCUUUCGGCUUCCAAGGAAACACCACGGCGGCUUGGCAACACCGAGAAUAUCCAAUGCCAGGAACAGCAAGUCGGAUUUGUGACCAGGCUUCCCUAGUCUCCAGCUCACCCUCCUUGCACACCCCAAUCAGCGUGAAGUCGGAGCGGGCCUCCCCCACAGCCAGCUGUUCCUCGGCUGUCCCCCAGCUCUCCACAUCUGUGCGUUCCAAUCUCUGCAAUGUCCCCACGGACCUCCUCUCUCAGGAAGAUUAUAUCAAGGGCUAUCAUUACUCGUUCCUUCUGUCCCGGCCUCCAUCAGAAGAACCGAAGCAACCCAGCGUUCCCGCCCAUCGCCUGCCGGUGUCUACCGCAGAGGAGUGGCAGAAGUAACCUGGAUGCUCAGCUUGUUCACGCAGGUGCUCAGCGGAGGUGGCUGUAUGUAGGUGUACGCAUACAGGCAAGAGGGAAGGAGUGAAUGCCAAUCACCUGCGUUCACCUAUCCAUCAUAAUAGGGCCAAAAUAGGGAAACAACUGAUUGCAGAAUUGUACACGGAGGAAAAGCCUCCCCAGAGAAGAAAAAUUCAGUUGGUAGAACAGAGAACAGAUUAUUGGAAACAGAUUUGAAAGUCCUCCACUUAGCAACCAUUCCUUUACAGGUAGUCCUCGACUUGCAGCCGUUCGUUUAGCGACGCACUGAAAAAAGUGACUUGUGACGGGUCCUCGCCCUUAUGACCGUUGCAGCAUUCCCCACAAUCAUUGUGGUCAAAAUUUGGGUGCCCAGCAAGUAGCAUGCAUUUAUGAUGGUUGCAGAUUCCUGAGGUCUCAUAAUCACCAUCUGUAACCUGCCCGGCCCGGCUUCCAACAAGCAAAGUCGAAUUCACUUCAUGACUGCAUGGUUCACUUAAAUGUGAUUUGCUUAACCCUGGCACAAACGCUCAUCAGGUUGGGUAUGACUCACUUAUACCAACUGCCUAGCUUAGCGAUGGAAAUUCUAGUCUCAAAUGUGGUCAUAAGUUGAGGACUAUCUGUAUAUGAAGUAGAAUUAAGUUGUUGAGGUAUCUAUCAAUUUAAAAAAGAGCCGUACAACUUCUCAAAGCCCCAAAAUAUGUACAACAAAUCUUCCUCUGUCCACAGAUAACUGCUACCAUGUUUCCCUGAAAAUAAGGUCUUAUUUUCAGGGGAUGUUUUCUUUCCCCCCCCCCCCAUGUUUGGGAGGCUCAUUUCUUCUGCUUGCUCGCGGCCGCAAUGGGGCAGGAGGCUGUGCGGUGUGCCAGUGUCACCGCUGUGAGGCAGGGGGAGGUGGAGUGCCCCAUGCGCCCCACACGGGCUUACCUCAGGGCCCGGCAGCCAGGACAUCCACGUCCCAACACCUACCUCGUGGCGGUGGCUCCAACAUGCCAUUCAGCACGACGGCAACUGGCCACCGGCUCACUUCUUCUGCUUGUUCACAGACGCAACAGAACUGUUGUGACCCAGGCCCAAGUAGGUAGGAAGAAACUCAGUCCAUGAAAUAACAAACUUUAUUCAAACAGCUGAGAAUUACUUCAUUCCCAGCGUCGUUCAACUCAAAUGAAAACAAAUGGCUCCCAACACAAAUUCCUCAGUUCUCUCGCAAACCUUGGUCCAAUUAGGCAAAUUGCCAAAGGCGUUUCUUGGCAAACGUUCAGAAGUCACAAAAUAAAGGCAAGACGUAGACGAAGCAGAAGAUGAAGCUACCAACAUUGUUUUCCGGCAAAGCUCAAACGCCGGUACUGGUCUGUUUUAAGCCUUAUGGGAGGGGCCAAUCAUCUCUUGGCCCUACUCCUGAGUUGUCCUCUCUGCUUGAGCUGCUCUUGCCUCCUGGCAGCUCUUCUCAUGCCUGUUCCUCUGCCUCACUACUGUCAGCCUCUGGAGGCUCUGGAGUCCACAUCUCAGUUCCCGAUGGCCCUGGCCUCACCUCAGCCUCAUUGCUAUCUGACUCCAUUACCAGCUCCGUAGGCUGCCUGACGGACCACAGCAAGAGCAGGCAAGCCAAGAGACGGUGGGACGGAGUGGGCAGGUGGCUGCGGGAGGCUUGUCUUUGUAUCUCUUGGUUUCCACGCAGCCCACGCGGCACUGCCUUUCCCCCGCAGCUCUGCCUUCAUCUGCUGUCGUGCGAAGAUGAGCUGUUCAGCCAUCCGGAAUCUUCAGCCUACCAACUCUUGGCUUUCCCACAUCCCGCAUGGCGCGUCCAGAUCACAUGCCUCUCCCAUGCCUGCUACUUGGAAAAGUAAUCAACUCGCCUGCAUUGUGCAGGCUGCGUCUGCUGCUGGACACCAUCAGCCCCCGUGCUCUCGCCACUUCCAAUGCUGGCCACAUCCCUCUGCUGAUGACCUUAACUAGAGCUUACUUUUUUGGGGUAGGGCUUAUAUUAGGAGCAUACUAAAAAUCAAGCUAGGGCUUAUUUUUAGGACAGGUUUAUUUUGGGGGGAAACACGGUACCUGUUUUUCAACCUUACUACGCCCGUCGUGACCCUAGUUAUAAUGUACAUCCUUGCCAGACCCCAGGAGGUUGCCAACCCCUGUAAUUAGACAAGGCACUUUGUUUAUGUUCAGAAGCAAUCUUGCCAUUUUUUUUUAAAAAAAGCAUUUCUAAGGAUUCACGCAGAGUUCUUGACAAGCGGGUCAAAGACACUUUGAGAGAUCUUUCGGGGCUCAUUUUCCUGCUUUUUCACGGAAAGUUUUGUGCAUUAGGGAAUUUUGGUGAAUGACGACAAAUGUCUUCAGAUCCCAAACAUGUCACUUUUAUGCUUCUCUGAUAAAUAGCUUGAGGGAUGGAUUUGCAAUGCAAAAUGGACGUUUUUGCUGCCCGAGCAAUUGAGAACUUGGUAUCUGCACACGGAGAGGCUGACCAUUUUUAAUGGUUUGCAUUCAAGUUGGAAAUAAAAAUAAACGCCUUUCAAAUAAUUCUGGUAUCUCAGUUCUUGUGUCAUGGUUUCCUUUUUCUGUUUGUUUUGGAGAAAUUGCUUUCGGUCUUUGACUUCCUGGAUACAUUCCUACAUGUUGCAUUCCUACAACAUGUUUCACCGUGUCAAUAAUAAACUUAGGAUUCAUGCCACAUGCUAAACGUUGCUGGUUUUAAGUCUUCAUAGAUUUUGGGGCUGCAUUAAAUCAGUGUCUGAUUCCAUGUAUCCUUUAAAUGGGUUAAUCUAACCAGAACCCUUAUCUCAAUUUUGUGUGAUGGUGGCGGCUAGUUCAGCCCUUACCACUAGAUGGCGAUGUUUGCUAUUUAUUUUUAAUUAUCACCCGAAUAGUUUCUCCUUUUGCAGAUUAAUUGGAUUUAUUUUGAUAGUUGAAUGCAUUAUAAGCCUGUGACGGAACCACGAUCCAUUAAGCCCCUUGCAACGCAGAU